AUGAUAAGCAACAACAACCAUGAAACUCAUCACGAGGAUCAACAACAAAUAGAUACUUUGUCCGAUUUAGAUGAAUUUGAUCAGUUAGAUGAGCAGCAAUUAUAUGAACAAUUUUUGUCACUGUUAGAAGUGUAUGAAAAUUGUUUAAAUAAUAUAAAGAAAUUAUUGGACGUUAUUGGCAAACCGAACGAAGACUCUCUUCUGAUCCGAAAGGAUAUUAAACAUGAAAAAGAAUUUGCUUUAUCUCUCUCAAAAGACUUACAUGAAUUAUUAUACGCACACAACUCUCACAUUUCGGAAUAUCAUAAUCUCGAUGUAUUACGUUACAAGAAACGAAUGCAAGAGUUGAACGCUCUUUUCCAACGUCUCAAAGAGCUAGAAACAAAAUAUCCUGAAUCUAAUUUGCCAGAAACGUCCAAGAGUGGCUACCUUGCACCUGUUUAUAAAAAACUGUCGAACUAUAUAUUCAGAAAAGAUGAAUUCGAACAAGAGUUGUUGAAUCAACACGGUAUGAAUGACGAAGAAAACAUGACCUCGGAUAAGUUGGAUGAAUUGAAAAAUGAUUUGACUGAAAUCGUUUCAGUGUUUGAAACAUUGGAAGAUUCAACGAAGAAAUCGACGUUUGCAACAUCUCCCUCUGUAAAUAACUCAAAUUCAAUAAGCAAUGCAAAUAAUAAUCCUUCAACUACCAACACUAAUACUGAAUCUGUGACCAAUAAUAACAUUAAUUCAAACACACUACUUCAUGAAUCAUCAUCGGCUCCAAGUGAAAAACAACAGUUUUAUUAUGGAACUGCUGCCAUGAUAAGCUUGGGUCUGCUAGCUGGAGGUAUCAUUGGUGGACCUCUUGGUGCUUACGUUGGUGCAAAGCUUGGUGCUGGUGCUGUGACAACAACGGCAGCUGUUGGUAGUGGAAUAGGUAUGCUAGGUGGAAGUUUGCUCUUCAUGGGGAAAGGAUACUUAUUCAAGCAAGGGAAAGCUGAAUCCAUGAACGAGACAACAAGCUCAUCAACUGCUAAAGACGACAAGAAUGAGGACGAAGAGAAAGAUCAAGAAUCAAAGAAGGAUAAAUAA